CCCUCACUUCUUAAAUCUCUGCCUAUCUAUUUUUUUUAUCUCCCCCUCACGUCUUAAGUCUCUGCCUAUCUACUUCAUCUCCCCCUCUCGUCUUCAAUCUCAUUUCGUCUUUCUAUCUACCUCCCCUCACUUCUUCGCCUUUCUUUCUUUCUCUCCUUCUAUUAAUCCCAUCUUCACUCUUUGUCUAUCUAUCUAUUUAUCUCCCCUCACGUCUUUAGUCUCUGCCUAUCUAUUUCUCUCUCUCUCUCAAGUCUUAAGUCUCUAUUUUUUAUCUCCCCCUCACUUCUCAAAUCUCUGCCUAUCUAUUUUUUAACACCCCCUCACGUCUUAAGUCUCUGCCUAUCUACUUCGUCUCCCCCUCUCGUCUUCAAUCUCAUUUCGUCUUUCUAUCUACCUCCCCUCACUUCUUCGCCUUUCUUUCUCUCUCUCCUUCUAUUAAUCCCAUCUUCACUCUCUGUCUAUCUAUCUAUCUAUCUCCCCCUCAUCCCACCUCAGUUCGAACAUCUGUCUACAAAAUAAACUCUAAAAGACCCUAAUUUAAAUAUGGCGGCCGUUGAAGAAGAGAGAUCGUACGAUACUGUGGCUGUUGUUGAUAAUAAUAAUAAUGAUGCCAUGACCAACUAAGGCUGCCAUUAAACACCAAAGUCUCUGAAUCUGACAGAAGGAGCAGUUAACAAAUCUAAUAUUUUAACAUCUUCAACCCUUCAAAGUUACCAUUCCCUUCCCCUAGCAUCAUGUCUGAAUUCGAUACUGCUUCAGCUGUUAUCGUGGACAGCGGCGGUCAGGAUUUGAAGUACAACUUCCCCGUGCAUGUACUCAUUGAAGAACCACCUUCAAGUGAGUGUAUUGACCAAGAUGAUGAAGAUUCCCUGAUGCCUUUCGGGGGUAAUGGAGAUUUUUCAAACUACCAAACAGCUACCCAUAAUGGCCACGUAUCCGAUUCCUUUUUAUACCAACAGACCCACUACUAUUUACCACAGAAUGAAAUAUCGUCUCUAUAUGAAAUGGCAAGACGAGAGAGUCUCUACGAACAUGGAGAUCAGUCUGACUAUGGUUAUGAUGAGUUCAGUAUUCCAAACGGAAAGCACGACUAUCAGUACCAGGAGAAUGAAGAUUCUUCGGUAGAUCAGAAGGACAAAACCAUCGUCUCUGGUGUUAACCAUACAGCCAGUCACGGCCAUAAUCAUAAAGCAGCCCGAGCUUGUGAGUACUGCAACAUGAGUUUUGCAAGUACCGAUGACCUCGCGCUGCAUAUGCGAGUUCAUUCGGGUGGUAAGCCUUAUUUAUGCCAACAGUGUGGUAAGACUUUUAGUGAUAGCUCAGCCCUGGCAAGUCACGUGAAGUCCCAUACUGUCGAGAAAAGAUUCAAGUGUGACUUCUGUGGAAAAGCGUUCACCAGGAACAGUAACCUCAGUGACCACAUGCGCACACAUAUUGGCAGAAAGCCGUUCAAAUGCGAGACUUGCGGGAAACUAUAUGCCUUGGAAAACAACUACAAUGCUCAUAUGGAAACUCAUGCCAAUGACAAACCUUAUAAAUGUGAUAUUUGUAAUGUAGAGUUUACCAAACGCAACCUACUCAUUUCACACAUGGACGGCCACAACAAGGGCCGUUGCUUUGAAUGUCAAAAGUGCCCUAGAAAGUUUGUCACUACGGGGGAGCUUGAUUCACAUAUGAAGUCUGUGCACCCAGAAGCUGUGCCAAUAAAGGACAUGUCCGAUAACAGUAACUCCCGUUUGAACAAUCAUGCAGACAACGGUGUUGGUAAAGACGGCAGCGCUCUCAACGACAUUGUGCAGCGAGAUAGUUCUGGUAAUAUAAUAGGCCAAAUUAGUAGCCCCGUAGUAACUACAACAACUAAUGAGAAGAAGAGCUUCCCGUGUGACAUUUGCACCAAGUCCUUUACUCGUCGUAGCAACCUCACCCAACACAAGCGUACCCAUAGUGGGGACAAGCCGUAUAAGUGUGAGUACUGUGGGAAAACAUUUGCAGUGAAUAGUAAUUUGACUAUACACAUAAGGAUGCAUACAGGGGACAAGCCUUACAAAUGCUGUUUCUGCAGCAAAACUUUUAUCGUCAAUUCGCAUCUCACUGCACACAUUAAGUCUCAUACCACCGAUAAGGUGCACAAGUGUGACUACUGCGGCAAGACGUUUCUGCAUGCGUGCGACCUCACCGUGCACGUACGUACACACACCGGCGAGAAACCGUACAAAUGUGUUUACUGCGGUAAAGCCUUUGCCCGCAGUAGCCAUCUCACUGACCAUGUCCGUACUCACCAGAGUGACAACGACUGCAAAUGCAGCUUCUGCGGUCAAGAAUUUGACCACCCCGAUACGCUGGCGCAGCACGUGAAAACCCACAAAGUGGAAGGUGACGACAGCAGUUCCCUUAGCGAGGCCCCUACUUUGGCCGUGACGCCGACCCUUGUGCCACAACACUUUCAUCAUCAUCAUCAUCCUGUGCAACAAGCGCAGCCUCAGCAGCACAAGCAUCAGCUGCUCCAGGCACAGCAGCAGCACCAACACCAACACAAACCUCAAUUGCAACAGCAGCAGCAACAUCAUCAUCAUCAUCAUCAACAAUUGCAACAGCAGCAGAAACAACAGCCACAGCACCAGCAGCAACCACAGCAAAAACAGCAACCGCUGCAGCAGCAGCAGCAACAACAACAACAGCAGCAGCAGCACCAUCACCACAUCCAUCAGCAUCAGGACACAUCAUCUCGAGUUACGACAACUGCUGCAUCGAUGCCCCAACCCCUGUCUCAAGAAAUGUUAAAAGUUGGUGUCGGUACCGGUGCCGAAAACCACACUGACCACCAUCACCAGCAUCAUAACCAGCAGCCACAGCAGCAGCAUCAGCAUCACCAUCCUCAUGGUCAUCAUCAUCAUCAGCAUGUGCAUUUCCAUCAUCAUCAUCAUCAACCUCAUCAGCACUCGGAUCCUAAAGUUUAGGAAAGGAAUUAUUAAAAAAAAAUGACUUUUUUUUUUCAACAGUCAUUAUUAAUAUUAUUAUUAUUAUUAUUUGAUUGGCAGAAUCAUUGGAGCAUUGACAAAAUGCCUGUGGCAUUUUGUUAUGGCUCUUUAUGUUUUGAGUUCAAAUCCCACCGAGAUCAACUUAGCCAUUCAUCCUUCGACGGGUUGAUAAAAAAAAGUACCAGUCAUGUACUGGGGUUGAUUGAUUUAACCAACUCACCUUUUCUCUUCCCUACAUUUCUGGCCUUGUGCCUAUAUUAGAAACAAUUAUUUUUAUUUCUUUCGAUUCGUUGAAAAUUUUUUACAAUUUCAUAUUUAUGGGACAGUGGGGGGGAUAAAAAAACCGAUGAAAAAAGUAAACGAAGAUUAUUAUUGAUAAAGAAAUAAAAGAAAAGAUUUUUAAAAAAACUGGGGCUGCAGCUGCUCUCCCUCCCACUGGCUGGAACCAGUAAAAGAGUAAGGCUUUUUGUCCUCCCUCUCCUUCCCCAUUUCGAAUUUCAGAGCUGCUGCUGAUGUUUUUAAUUUUCAUCACCUUAUACCCUCUCUAAAUGUUUCCCUAUCUAAGCCCCCCCCUCGCUGCGACCCACCAACCUACCUAACUACCUACCCAAAUGAUCGAAUCAUUUAAUAUUUGAGAGAGGUCGAAAGGGCUGAGAGAAUGAUGGGGCAAUGUUGGAGAAAAAAAAAUUUUUUUUUUUUUUCUCUGUUUAUGAAGAAGAAAUUUUUUUUAAAGAAUAAAAUGAAUCACUCCUCUCUCUCUCAGACACACACAUGUAUGCCCCCUCGAAGAUAAAGGGAAAAGAAGCAACAAAAACCAACAAAACCAAAAUAAUUUUCAAAGAUAAUCUUCACCGAUUUUUUUUUUGUCUUUUAUUAAAAGAUAAACAACAAAAAAACAGUCCCGUUCAUAAUAACAAUACCUUUAUAUUUUGGUCUAUUGCGAAACCGACUAUUAAUUAAUUAAACAAUUUUAUUUCACACUUUGCUCGUAUAAUUUCACACAUCUGACCCCCCCAGUUUUUUUUUUUUGUAUUUUUUUCUCGUGUAAAAAAAAAAAUACUGCUGCAGGAUUUUUUUUUAAACUUCAGUUUCCAU